AACCUGAGUGAAUUUUUCCGACGGAAGCUGAAACCCCAGGCACGGCCCGUCUGCGACCGGCACAGCGUGGUCAGCCCUUCGGAUGGGAAGAUCCUCAGUUUUGGGCAAGUGAAGAACUGUGAAGUGGAGCAAGUAAAAGGCAUCACUUACUCUCUUGAGUCCUUCCUGGGUCCCCAUGCCAAUCACGACAACUGCCAAAAUAAUCCAACUUCCUGUUGCGACUCCUUCCAAAAACAGCUGGUCACAAAAGACACCAACGAGCUCUUCCAUUGUGUGAUUUACCUGGCCCCCGGAGACUACCACUGCUUCCACUCGCCCACCGACUGGAAGGUCUCUCACCGGCGUCACUUCCCAGGUGCCCUGAUGUCUGUGAACCCCGGCGUAGCACGUUGGAUCAAAGAACUCUUCUGCCAUAACGAGCGGGUCGUCCUGUCGGGCUACUGGAAACACGGCUUCUUUUCCCUGACAGCAGUGGGAGCUCAGAACGUGGGAUCCAUCCGCGUUUACUGCGACCAGAAGCUGCAGACCAACAGCCCUCGCUACAGCAAAGGAUCCUACAACGAUUUCAGCUUUGUAACCGGCAAGGACGACGAAGGCGUUCCGAUGAGGAAAGGAGAACAUUUAGGCGAAUUUAAUUUAGGCUCCACA